CCCUGUCCUGCGUUCAUUCACUAUGAUGCGCGCCUAGUUGAAGGAGGAUCUCCACACCACUCCACGCAUUAAACUUUCUAAUGAAAUCCCCAAACACUUUUUGACAAAAAAUAUUUUUUCUCUCCAGGGGUCAAGAGGGUUUCGACAAAUCAGUCCGCGUUUUUGUUGAAAAGAAAACUUAAGAAUAUGGAGCCCACUUCCACAGAGGGAGGAGCUGAAGAGACGCCCCUUAAAAGUCCUCCGCACAAAGUGAUUCUCAAACAUGGCCAAGAGUUGGAGGAAGAGCAGGAGGAGUUGGCAGAGCACCAGCCUCUGGAACAGGAAGACCUGAACUUUGAGAGAUGGAAGCGCAGGCCGUUACCCAAGAGGACGCUGCACCAGAAAAUAGAUGACUUGAAGACAUACUUGUGGAAUGCAGAGACCAACGAAUUCAUGGGCCGCUCUGGAAAGAGCUGGAGCCUCAUCCUUCUUUUCUACUCUGCACUUUAUCUGUUUCUCGCAGCCAUGUUUGGCGGCUGUUUGUUUUGCCUCAUGUGGUCUAUUAGUCCCUACCAUCCCACCUUCAAUGAUAGAGUGAUGCCACCAGGUAUGACGAUGGCCCCACACCUAGAAGGCCAUGACAUCGCCUUUAAUGCCUCUGAUCGCAAAUCUUGGAAGAAGUAUGCAAGGUCUAUGGAUGAAUAUCUAAGACCGUAUAACGAUGGUGCUCAGGAGAGGAAGAAUAUUCGCUGUGCACAGGACAGGUACUUCAUGCAGGACGACUUGGAGGAGAGUGCAGAGCGGAAAGCAUGUCAGUUUAAGAGGUCCUGGUUGGGGGACUGUUCGGGGCUGCAGGACCCUCACUAUGGCUAUUCUCAGGGAAGGCCAUGCAUUCUCCUUCGAAUGAACCGGAUUCUUGGAUACUUACCUGGACAAGGCAAAGCAGUAAAUGUGACUUGUGCAGUGAAGAAAGGACCACCAGAAGCCCUGGGAGAAGUCCAGUUCUUUCCUAAAAGCAUUUUCGACUUGAAGUACUAUCCAUACUAUGGGAAGGCCAGACAUGUAAACUACUCUUCACCGGUGGUGGCUGUGCGUUUUGCAGGAGUGCAGUACGACACUCACAUUCACGUACAGUGCAAACUUAACGGAAAAGGCAUCACUAAUGAUUCACCCACUGACCGCUACCUGGGCAGUGUGACCUUCUCUUUGGAAGUUGGAGCAUAAAACAAAGAUAUCAGUUUGCAGGAUGCUCCAGAGACAACGAGGCAAGAAAAUCUACCAGAAAAAAAAAAUUAUUUUACGUUAAAUAUGUAUGACCUUCCCUCAUUUUUCACUUACCAUAUCUUACCCAUAUCUUCUGCUGUAAACAAAUUCCUCAACAGUGUUAUUGGAAAAUUAGGUAGAUAUUUACUCCUGUGUGUCAUCCACUCCGUGUUAUAUCUGUACCUUGAGCGUGCUUCUGGCACCUGCACCCACAACAAACAGUGCUGAGCACAUGACAAGUACGUAGAGUGAGUUACAAUUCAAUUCUUGAUAAUGAUUAGUGAGAUUAAUCAAACUAAAUUACAAUCUGCCCAAUAGUUAGCAUUUCUGGCUAUGCAAAUUAUCCAAUUAUGACUUAAACAUUAAUAGGUAACUAGAAAUGUCGUUUUGUUUGGUUAGAACAUUGUUUUGUGUGCACAUGUGUGACGAAGUGUACUAAUUUGUUUUGCAUUAUAUUUUUCAAACCUGUAUAUUGUAAGAAUUCAAAGAACUAUCAUGCAAACACUGAAAGCAGGACUUGUACUGUACUUACACAGUAAAAAAAGACAUAAUAAAUGACUGCAAAUACACUAUUACUUUAUUUUUGCUGAAUAGAGCAGUGUUAUGAUAAAGCAUCACCAGCCACUUCUCGCUUUUUUUUUGUAAAAACAUUCUUUUGAAAAUGAAAAAUUACACAACUGAUCAAUAAAAAGACAUACAGUACUGUGUAGUUGCUGAAAGGUGUGUAUAACUAUUUUGUGAUAGCGUUAAUCCUGCCUGAACUGUGCUACUAAAUUUGGUUAUCGAUGUUGUAUUUAUUCCUAUUAUAGUUAUUAUAAUAAAUACAAUGUUCUGUAUGUACUGUAA